AGCUUUGAAAAAUGGAGCCAGUCUUCAAGGAACCAUCACCGAAAAAAAAACGAGUCGAAAAUCCACCAGAAAAUGCUCCAGAUGCCCCAAAAAAGCCACAACUCAAGCAUGAAUCAGAAUUUUUGCGUUCAAUCCCGUCUUCUUCCCAAUACGAGAAAUCAUUUAUGCAUCGGGACACAAUUUCUCACGUUAUCGCGACAAAAACCGAUUUUAUAAUCACUGCAAGCGUCGAUGGACACCUGAAAUUCUGGAAAAAGAAGCAUUCCGAAGGAGUCGAGUUUGUCAAGCAUUUCCGUUGUCAUUUGAGUGAAUUCUCACAUAUUUGUGCAAAUAUAGACGGUACACUGCUAGCGACCGUCUGUGAAGCGGAUAAAUCCGUAAAAGUGUUCGAUAUCGAGAAUUUCGACAUGAUUAACAUGAUAAAGCUGGAUUUCCCGCCGAAAACUGCGAAUUGGGUACAUCAAAGCAACGAUCCGAUCGCACAUUUGGCUAUUGGAGCCGCGGAUUCUGGAAAAAUCAUUGUUGUCGAUGGCAAAGCAACGGCCGCUCCGAUUUGUAUCAAGGACAAGCUUCAUUCGACGCCAGUCAAGAUAAUUGAGUACAGUCAAAGUUUGGACAUAAUUGUGUCAAUCGACGAGUCGGGAAUGAUCGAAUGCUGGAACGGGGAACGUGGAGAUUUUCAGUUUCCCGAGACGAAACUCACCUGGGAAUACAAGCUAGAAACGGAUCUCUACGAUUUUGUAAAGGCGAAAACGAUUCCAGUAUGUGCGACUUUUGACCCGUCCGGCUUGAAGCUAGCCACGUUUGCCGAGGAUCGAAAAAUUCGAAUUUUCAAUGUAAAAACCGGAAAAUUGGCGCAACUGAUCGAUGAAACAACACAGAAAUAUCAUUGCGAAGCGAAAGAAAAUAAGAAUUACGGCCUACAACAUAUGGAAUGGAGUCGGCGUCUUGCAUCGGAAAAAGAAAUGGAUAAAGACAAGAAGAACUCGUUAAAAUACACGAAAAUCUGUUUUGAUCAAUCUGGAAAUUUCCUUCUCUACCCGACACCAAUUGGUGUGAAAGUGUUCAAUUUGGUGACAAAUGAGGUUUCCAGAACCAUUGGAAGGGAUGAAGCUAUUCGAUUUGUGGCUGUUUCACUCUGUAAUGCACUUCCAGACAUUCGGCAGAAGCUUCAGGGUGCUGCGAUCACGCUGGAAACGGCGGCCGCUGAUAAUCCGACGCUUAACCGGAAAACCGAUCCGGAUCCGUUGAUGGUCUGCUGUGCUCUGCGUAAAAAUCGAUUCUACCUAUUCACGAACACUGAGCCGUAUAACGUUGAAGACGAUGAAGGAAAUCCGUCAGUUUCCGGAAGAGAUGUGUUUAAUGAGAGGCCAAAGAAGGAGGAUCUACUGACAGCGUUGGAUACGGAAGGAGGUGAGAAAGUACUGAAUAAAGAAGCAAUAAUCCAUACAUCAUUCGGUGAUAUCACAAUUCGUCUUUUCGGUGAUGAAUGUCCAAAAACCGUUGAAAACUUCUGUACCCACUCACGUCGUGGAUAUUAUAAUGGGCUAACAUUCCAUCGAGUCAUCAAAUCAUUUAUGAUUCAAACUGGUGAUCCAUCUGGAAAAGGAACUGGUGGAGAAUCAAUUUGGGGUGAAGAUUUUGAAGAUGAAUUUCAUCCCAGACUUCGACACGAUAAACCUUUCAAAGUUUCAAUGGCAAAUGCUGGUGGUGGAAAUACGAAUGGAUCACAGUUUUUUAUUACUGUAUGCCCGGCUGAUUGGUUGGAUGGAAAGAAUACUCUUUUUGGAGAGGUAACAGCUGGAAUGAGUGUUGUUCAACGGAUCAAUCAAGUAUCGACAUUCGAAAGAAGUGGACGACCAAGAGAAUCAAUUCAGAUCAUGUCAAUUAGUUUGAAAUAAUUUAUUUCUUUAUUUUGCCGUUGUUUGAAAUCCUGUCUUAAAUUAUUUUUUUAAACAAUUUUUUCAAUUCAAUCUCUUUCUUUACUGUAAAAUUUUUAUUUUAUUUCUCAUUUUCUUAAUUUCCCAUAUCAAAUUACAAUUGAUAAGGCAUUGCAUAGUUAUGUCGACUUGGUGUUGCAUAAACGAGCAUUGUCC